AUGUAUAGAACAUUUGAUGAUCUAUAUUUGUUAAAAACAUUACGUGGAUAUGAAGCACGUUUAUUAAUAGAUAUUUUAUCUGGUUAUCGUUCACAAUUAGUAAAACGUCCAACAAUAUUUAAUCGUUAUGUUGGUUUAUAUUCUAUACGUUUUCGAAGAGUAGUAUCAUCUACUUUUUAUAUCGCUAUUAUGGUAAAUGCAAUGACACCAUCAUUAAAUAUUAAUCAAAUAUUUGAUUUGAAAGGUUCAACUAUUAAAAGAAGAUCACAAGGAAAUUUAUACCAAGAUAAAUUACAGCAGUUAAAAGAUCAGGAUUUUUUGGAAACAUAUCCACAUGGAAUACGUAUACCAUCGAAUAUUCAUCAUCGCUUAUAUACAGUGAUAUCAAAUGAUAUUAAAGUUUUAAAAAAAUUGAAUAUAGUUGAUUUUUCUUUAUUACUUGGAAUUAGACAUUUAGAUAGAUCAAAUAGUGAUCUUAUGCAACCUCAACCAUCAAAUGGUAUAGCUGCUCUUUUUAGUACAGUACAGAGUCUUGCCGUAUUUUGUACAAAAACACAUCUACUUCGUGAUUCAUUACCAGAUUCUCAAAUUGACUUAACAUCUUUACCAACUUCAUAUUUAAAACCAAUGCAAAUGAUUCGUGAAAACAUUGAUACAAAUUUAUUUUAUAACAAUGAUCCAGUUGCUUCUGCUAGUUUACCAAUACCAGGCAUUAUAAAUAAUAGUGAUCAACGUGUUUAUUUAUAUUUGUGUAUUAUUGAUAUGCUUCAACCAUUUGAUUGUCGUAAAUCUUUAGAGCAAAAAUUUAAAAAACUUACUGAUCCUAAUCGACAUCAUCAAUAUUCUCUUAUUGAACCAGACGAAUAUGAAAAACGACUUUUAAAAUUUUUAUUUGAAAAAGUUUUUAUUCAUGCUGGUGAUGAUUUUCCAUGGCCUUUAACUGAUGUUAACGAUCCUGUUACUGAUACUAAUAAUGAAUUAUCAAUAGAAAAUAAGAGGCCUAUAAAGAAAAAUCGUAUUCGUAGACGUCAGCAUUCAAUUCAACAUCGUAAAAAUUCAACUUCAAACAUUGAUAGCGAAACUGAUUUAUAA